AUGGCCGACCGAGGCUACGACGAGGAGGACGAGCUGCUUGCAGCCUCGCGCCAAGCAUACAAGUCCCAUGCAGGCCCAUCGCACAAGGCGAUGAGUGCCCCUGAGGCGUUUACCGAUGGCACGGACCUGGUGAUGUUUGACCAGGACGAUGCCGAGAUACCCCCCGAACUUGCGCCCAAGGCCAAAAAGGAGCGCCCUGCGAAGGCAUCGACGAGCAAGAGCACUUCAAAAAAGAAGCUCGUCGAGCCCGCGAAUGUCACGCAGUCGCUCGAGACCCUGGAGAACACCGGUGUGGUCAGCACCAAGAAGCCGAGCAAGCGGCAAGUGCAAGAGUAUCGCUCCAAGUCUGCUGGUCCGGCCUGGUACGACAUGCCCGCGUUCCCCGGCGCAAAAUUCUCGAACAAAAAAGACGCACGCACCGAAGCGGGCAAGGCGAGCUUUACCGGUGGCGAUGCGCGCAGUGCGACCGAAAAAGAAAUGCGGCGGCAAGUCACGGCGAUCCGGCUGCGCAACGCUCUUGACCCUACGCGAUUCUAUCGUGGUAGCGGCGGUACAGGUGCCGACCGCGGCAUGCCUCCCUAUGCCCAGCUCGGCACGAUUGUCGGCGGCGGCCUGGAGCCAGCGUCGAUUGUGCCGCGCAAACAGCGUGCCGACACGGUGGUGGGCGAGCUCGUCAACGAUGCGCGGUCUGUUGCCUAUUCGCGAAAGAAAUUCAACGAGCUUCAAGAGAAGCGCAUGGCGAUCGCCAAGCAGAACCGAUCAUAG